AUGAACCCCCAAUUUGUUGGGAUCCUGCUCGGCACCCUGCUGGGGGCUGGCUCCGGAAACCGAAUGAGGUGCUAUGACUGCGGUAGAAGCCCCAGCAGCUCCUGCAAAGAGACGGUGACCACCUGUGGCGAGGGCGAACGCUGUGGCUUCCUGGUGCGCAGACCCCAACCAGGUCUGGAACAGAUCAAGUUGUCUGAAAACCCCUCAGUGACCUUGAUUCAUCAACAUCCAACCUGCGUGGCAGCCCAUCAUUGCAAUCAAGAGGAAACAGAGUCGGUAGGAGAUGUGACUUACACAACCCACAGGGACUGCUGCCUCGGAGACCUGUGUAACAGCACCAUGACAAGCCAUGUGGCUCCUGCAUACAUCUUGGCUGCAAUAGCUGUUGCCCUGGCCUGGCUCUUGCCGGGACUGUAG